AUGAUGAAGCAUUGGUUCCUGGUCUUCAGCUUUCUUUCCUCGGCAUUGGCGUUUUCUCCCGCCCUCCACGCGUCGACCGCUCGAUGCAGCCAUGAGUUGAAGGCUCACGACGACGACGACGACACUGCAAACUCGAGAAGAGACUUUUUGGCGGCAGCUUCCUUGCUGCUUUGGCCUACGACAGCCUUUGCCGAUGACGAUGCCACUGCAACGAUCCACAAGGUAGAUUAUCCCGUGGAUGGCAAGUGUGGACAAGCCGAUGUUCCUGAAAAGGUGGUUGGAUUGGUCAAGACUUUUGGUGGAUUCAAGGACGGAUCUUGCUCCACAGAAGGAUACACGGCCGCACAAGGAACUGCCAGUGGCACUGGUGAAAAAGAUUCCAAGAGAACCUAUGACAUUUACGAAAAGUAA